AUGAGUCGGCCAAUGUGUCAUAUAUGCCAUGAAAGCAACUAUAGGCUUUUAUACAAUGAAGAAGUAUACAAAGCCAAAGCUCCUAAAUCGAAGAAGUCUAUUCUGGAUGUAAUAAAACACAUUUCAAGGGUUAUAAAAGUAACUUUCAACGUCCCCGCCAGGGCACGGGUCUGCAUUUCCUGUUAUAAAGAGCUUGUUCGCUACGAUUGCUAUGUUGUGGAAUUGCUACAAGUGCAGAAGGUUAUAACGGCCAAAAUUUAUAACAGAGCCAAAAAUUCUAAAACAUCUCUCACUUCAUCAUCCAGAGCUGAAUAUUAUGAGAAUCAGCAAUCAAAUGAGUUUUUGGAAAACGAACACACUGUGAAAGAAGACGAGUGCAGUGAUUUCGAAACAGAAGAACCCAAGGAGGACAAUGCUUUUGAUAGCGACAAUAUAAUUGAGGAAUCUGAAUUUGUUGAGGAUGAGUUUGAAGAUCCAGAAGAAGGUGAUUUAGUUUCAAGUGGGACUUUUGCAUGUCCUGUAUGCAAUAUGAAAUUUAUGACUCAGAAAGAUGUCGACUCACAUUUAGACAGCGAACAUAAAACCAGAGUCACCUGUAGCGAAUGCGGAGUGCAGGUGCGUAACGAGGAAUAUUUGGUGUUACAUAUGAAUAUACACAAUGGAAAGACAGAAACCGAGUGUAGUUUCUGCGACAAGAAAUAUGCCCGCCGUGCGAAUGUAAUUCGUCAUAUGGAAAUACAUUUCGACAAGAAGAAACAUCAAUGCGAACGCUGUGGAAUGUUCUUUUCGCAAUCCACAGUAUUCUUUAAUCAUCGCCUGCAACACGAAGCCGAAGACAAUCCUCUCAUUUGUCCCAUAUGUAGUCAGAGCUUUAAAACGAAACGUACCUAUAAACGACAUAUGAUUACCCAUCAGGAUGAUAGACCGCGAUAUGGCUGUGAAAUCUGCGGCAAAGUAUUUGUUGACAAAUACACUCUAAAGAUGCACAUGCAGACUCAUCACCAAGGCGAUGAGAACGAAACCCCAAAGAAAAAACAAAAGCCAAACGAAGAACAAGAGCAGGUUUUGUUCACUUGUGUUAUAUGUCAGGAUAUAUUUUUGAUGCGAGAUUUAUUUAACGAACACAUGCAAACUAUGCACGACGUAGUAAUGGACACAUAGAUACUAUU